AAAUGACAAAUGAGUCAAUGACACAGCAGCACGCCCGUCACCUUCCCUCCGGCUGCUCCAGCUCCACCACAUUAAACACACACAGAAAUAUCUAAAUAUAACACUCUCUGACCUUCUUCUUGUCAUAUCACAAAGAACUCUCUCACGUUCAUUUUCCUCAUCCAAACCUAUUCUCUUUCUGAUCUUCUUCAUCGCCAUUUCUUUUUCUGUAUGGGUUGUAGAGAUGUUCUGCUGAGUUUCUCCGUCGCUCUCUUACUCAUUUCUCUGUUCCAGAUCUGGCUGUUCCGGGAAGGACAAGUCCGGGAACUGGCUGGAGACGACGGAACCCUUGCCUCCAAGAACAAGAAGGACAAUAGUCAAAGGCUCUUUCAAAGGUACUUCAAGGGUCUAAACAAUAGCAACAGUGGCUUAGAAGAUUCUUACAGACAGAUCCCUAGCUCCCCAGAUCGACUUCACAACUAGUUAGUUCUUUAGCUUUUUUAUUAUAUAUAUUCUUUUAUUUUCUUCCUUCUUCUUUUCAACUAUUAUUGUCCAAAUUAUCCUUGUUGUUACCUCAACUUUUGUUGUAUGUAUUUCUUAAACAAAAAUUGUUAGCCGUUGGAGAGACUAAAAUCAUGGCAUGAGUUUGAUGUUUAACCAAGUUCCAUAUACGUUUACAUCCUUGUAAUUUACUAGUGCAAAUCCAUAUAUGAUAAAUACACAUUCUGUAAAUGAGUAAAAACUACUUUGGAUUUUCAGUAAUCAGUUAUCUAUUUGUC